GUAAUAAUAAUAACAAUAAUAAUAAUAAUAAUAAUAAUGAUAAUAAUAAUGAUAAUUCCGAUCGAAUAUUCAACGAACACGUUCCAGGUUUAGAGCUUAUCCCGAGACAAAAAUAGAAGUCGUUCUAGAUCCUUUAGAUGUGCAUAUCUCGGACGAUCUAGAAAGACGUGGCUCCCAGCUCCGCAUUCUUCGUCGUCCAUUGUACGUAAUGCAUCUCUCGAGUCGAAUGCACGUGCCUAACGUCCCUACUACAGCUUAUAACGCUUAUUCGUAUUCUGAUUAGCGCGCACGUGCAAUAUUAUGGAGCACACUAGACACACCGUGCUUCUUGUCAAGGUUCUUUCGCGUGGGUGUGGAUCGUAAUCGUUCGAAAAGUAUUAAAGAAAUCUAUAGCGAGAUCUCUCUAUCUUUUUCAUUCUCUCCCUCUCUCUCUCUCUCUCUCACACUCUUUCUCUAACUUUUUACAAAAUUCAAUUACAUACCUAGUAGAUACAUACAUACAUAGAAAUUUCUAUCGAACUUAGGAUAAUUUUUGUUUUAAAUUAAAAUAUUGUCAGAUAUAAAAAUUAUUGAGACAAUUAUUAUAUUGAGAAAUUUGUUAUUACGACAUACGUUUGAAAAUUUGUACGAUCAUUAGAUAGAUAAUUUACGGAAUAGAGAAGGGAUCCUUAUGAAAUAGAAAAAAAAAAAAUAAAUAAAUAAAUAAUAAAUCUGUGUAAGUAUUCAUAGGGACGUCAAUAUUCCUUCGAUGCUCACUAACUGCUGCCCCGUGAGAUCUCUCGACAUCGCAACAAACAAAAAAAAAAAGAGAAGACAAAAAAAGAAAGAGAGAAUAUCUCAAAAAAAAAGAACAAAAGAAGAAGAAAAACAAAAACAAAACAAAAAAGAACAGAAAAGACUACUCGGGCACGUGUCGGCGAAUGACUUUCAGUCCCAUUAGUGUACAAACGUUCGACGACGUGAGGAAGGACCCGCGACGAUAACACGAAUCAUAGCUCGGAUCAUAACUCGGAUCAUAGUAAUCCGGACUGGCAGUGCGCCGCCAUCCGUGAAACGUCGGAUCGCUGUUAACCUUCUUGCGGUGAGUGGCGCGAGGGUGAACACACCACCGAAGUACUCCCUAAUGGAUGACGAAGGAAGGGUAAGGAUGAAGGGUGGAUGAGCAAUAUGGUUCGUCUUGUCAACGAGCACCUAACCUCAGCCCUACACAUGAAAGAACACCCGGACUACAAAUAUCGACCACGACGGAAACCGAAGAAUUUAGUGAAGAAAGAAAAUAAAUUCGGUUUUUCAAUAUCGCCAUUGAUGUCGCCUGGUGAUACCCUCGGCAACAUAUCUCGUGGUCUUUUACCACCAUUGGCACCACCUUCGCAUCAUCAUCCUCUGAUAGGUCACGACGAUCUCAAGAUACCUCGUUUCUUUCCACCGUUUCCGUAUCCCCUCUAUCCGAUUCAACACAAGUUGGGUGACGAAUUGAACGGUGGUAAAUUGGCUGCGGAUUUGGCCUUCCAAGCACUAUACGGUGGUAGUACGUUUUAUUCGAGUCACCAAGCGGUAUCCUGGCCAGGAUUACCGGCGACGACGUGUCUCCAAGCUAAUUGUGGUUGUCCUAGUCCACCGAAGGAUCCGAAAAGGACGUAUUUGCCGUCGAAGUUGGAGGAGAGACCCUUUUCCAGUCCGGGUAAACACGAGGACGAAACUUUUCCGAUCGAGCGUGAUACUACCAUCGAAGAAUCUCGUUACAGAAAGUUAGAGGACGAAGGAUUAACCUCGACAUUGGAAAGGCAUCAAGAAGAAAGAUCGAGAGAUCGUUUCUCAUCAUCUUCUUCCUCAUCGCCAACCGAUCGACCAGAAAGGGUAUCUAGUACGACAUCGGCAACGACAACGAGUACGGUGACUAAAGUUGAAAGCGUAUUCUCCGUACAAAAUCUUACAUCGCCUAGCACGAAUUUGACGUCCCAUAGAAGUCACGUCAUAUGAAGACCGCUGCCGGUUCUCCCGGAUCUAAACUUCCGGGGGAACCUUCUACCAACCGGUUGGCCGACGGCAACCGAUUGGUGGAGAAUACCACCGAUGCUUUCACCGAUCCCACAAGCUAGUGUUGCUAAUUUACCAUCGGCUAACAUAAAGGACGACGAUGUUCACUUUCAGGAAGAACAUCAGAGAAAUUCUGUCGUCUCUAGAACGACUGGGAGGACUGGCUUGCACGUCGGUGCCGCGCAAUGAAAUCUUCUUGAGAAGUAUCAUUAGGUGGACGAGUCAAGUGCAUUUACUGAAACGUGAUAGAAAUGCUUUCAGACUUCUUUUACUUUUCUUUUAACGUGUUUAAAGAAUUUAUGAUAAAUAUCUAAAAGCAGUGAUAUUACGUAAACUUCAUUUCUCCUACGUGUUGUUUGUUGUUUAUCUCAGCUUUAAUAAAAGCAAGAAAUAAUCGACGAUUCUCGCUAAAGAACGUUAUAUCCAAGGUAAGAUGGCCGAAAUUAUUCAAAUUUCGUCGCGUUACUUAAACAAUUGAUAAAAUAAAGUGGAACGAUGGAACGAUGAAAUUCGAUACGUAAUGUCGACGAAAGCCAGAAAAUUAUUAUGUUAAUUGAGACAAUCCCAACAUAGAGAAGAAGAAAAAAAAGAAGAGGAGAGAAAAAAAAAACAAAAAAAAAAGGAAGCGAUGGCAUCCACAACUACCUCAACCCUCCCCCCCACCCUCUACCGAUCGCCCGUUGAAAAUUUCGUGAAAAACAUUUCCUUCUUUCAAAGCCAUCUAGUGAGUUAGAUAGUCGAAAUCGAUAACACGGCGUUACGAAAAUCCCACAAAGAGAUACGGUACUCCCUUCUGGGAGAUACUCCGUACACGUUGGAAAUACUAGAAGAGUCCGAUUUUGAUGAGACAACCAACCCUCUCAUACCACAUAUUACCUACAUACAUGCGAAUCGGGCGUGUCUUUGCCAACCCACGAAAAACAGAAAGAGAAAGGGAGAAAGGACGUAGGAGGGGUUGUAUGCGAGAUCGAGAGAGGAAAGGAUGGAAGAUGGAAAGGGUGAGAGAGAGAGAGACAGAGAGGGGAAAAGGGAAAUAGGGAGGGGGUAGGGAUGGAGGAGAAAAAACCUCUUCCAGUGGAGGCAAAUCUCUUCUUUGGGAUGCGGCCAUGCGAAAUAAGCCAAACGUUUUGAAUGCUAACGUAGAUGCGAGAACGGACCCGACACGUAUGUGCUGUACGCGUUCACGGCUAUUUUGUUGCGGUGGCGUUUUCGCGACGACGAAACGCAUCGAUACAACCCGCGAAAUUAUUCAGCGAAAACGUAUGUAUGUAUGUAUAUAUGUAUGUAUGUAUGUAUGUAUGUAUGUAUGUAUGUAUGUAUGUAUGUAUGUGUGUGUGUGUAUGUAUGUACCUACGUAAACGUUUCCGCGUACGCUUCACGGGAAUAUCGAUCACGAGGAAGGUAUUCGCGAAUCACCCGUUGCGUAUGUAAUUACGUAAAAUCGAAUUUUCUUGUUGUUCGAUGCCAAACGGAGUACCUAUCGUUGUCCCCGUCUAGCCAUUAUUCCAUUGUGUAUAUUUUAUAGAUUUUAUUUUGUGACGAUCGCGCAUAUAUAGAAUUUCUGGUGCUUACAAAAAAGAAAAAGAAAAAGAAGAAAAGAAGAAAAAAAAAAAGAAAGAAAUAAGUAGAACUUUUCGAAGCGGAUUUCAUUUCCUUAAAUCAAAAUUUUCUUGUACUACAAUGACGCGUCAUACGAUUAGAUUUUCUAAUCGUAUUAAUUCAAUAUAGGAAAGAAUAACGGCUAUCGAAAUAGUGCUGGCGCUAAAUUGAACUUUCAAUAUAAAUGAGAAUUCAUUCAUUAUUUUGUUGAAUAGUAGUUAUAUUUACUUAUCGUUUUCUUCGUGAAAAAAUUGUUACGAACUCGUGCAAUCAAAUCCUUUUGUAUUUUAGUAUUAUAUUAUCGUCUGUUAAAUAGUUCUUAUUGAGUUAAGGGCCACGCGUUAAUAAAUUCCGAAGGGACACGCUAACGAAUUUCAAUAAUACAUUAGAAUGACUCUGAAAAAGUCAAAGACGCAUUUUACUUAAAGCGUUCCACAAAAGAUGUAAAAUAAGUAUAAUGUAAAACAUAUCUAAUAAAUAGAAACAUAUCUUUCGAGUACGUAUGUAGCGCGUUCGUCUCUAUGUAAAAGAAAAAGAAAAAAAAAAAAAAAAGAAAAAAAACAAAAAAGAAAAAACUCCAAAAAAAAGGAAGACAAAGCAAAAAAAAAAUCUCUCAUGUACGAUCCGUCUAAUUUUUUCCAUUAACUUAAAUCCAACUGCGUUGUAUUACACGCCGAGGUGACAUAUAAAAUAAUCACUGUUAAUUCAUGCUGUAACAUAAUGCAAUUU